UUGGAAGACAUGAGUCCACAUGCUAGAUAUAUGAAUGAACAAUUAUGUGCUCGAUAAACUGCAAGAUAGCAGUGUUCAAAGUUGAAAUAAAGAGAGUAAAUAAAAUGUCUACUUUGUGAGGCAUUCCACAAUUUCAUAUCCUCAAGUUUUCAAAAGAAUGAGUUCAUAUCCUUGCACAAAAUGCCCAAUUUCAAUCAGAAACUCCACAACUCAAUUCCCUCAUCCAAGAACACCAACAUUUACAAAACACAAAAUUUCUUAUCCUAAAUCCGUCAUUUCCCAAAAUUCACUCUCCAGUAGUUCAUCUCUCAGUCACCAAAAAUCAAGAACAAACUGUGUAAAUUCUGAAGAUAACUUUCCGACCAUGUCAGAAAUCAUGGAGGCAUCGAGAUCCCAAAAUCUUGAUCUUCAGCUGAAAACAUUAGGACCCUUUUUCAGAAUCACAGCGAAGAGCUUAAAAACCCAAAGAGACCUUGGAAAAGCUGAGGGUUUGAUAAGGGUUUGGUUUCAAGGUAAAAUUCUACAUUUAGACUCAAUCAGACUUCAGAGAGAAACUUUGGGGAUGGAAAAAUCAAUAUUUGGGAUUGGAUUGUUUAUUGGAGCAGUCGCAAUUAGGCAUGGUUAUGACUCUGGUUGUAAAAAAGCUGAAUUGCUCGCCAUUUAUGAUACUGAGCUUUACCACACCAAGCUUGUGAAAUUCUACACAAGGAUUGGCUUCAAGACAGUUCACCAAGUUAGUGGUGAAUCACUUGGAGAUGUUGGUCACAUGUUAGUCUGGGGAGGCGUAGGCACUCGAAUGGAUGCAGACAUUGAAGAUCUUCUUGUAAAAUGGUGCACCAGAUUUAAACCAAAGAGUUGAUUUUACUUAAAUCAUUCAACGAGCUCAACUUUUUUUUUUUUUUGCUUAGAACGGAAGGAUUUUAUUUAAUAUUAAGGAACAUCCAUACAUAAAGGAACUGAUCUAAGUGAGCCAGUUCCAUUAGCAUCUCUUCAAGUUCAUAUGUAAUAUAAGAGGGAGAUGCAUCAAAAAUAUAUAGUUUGUUUCCAAUCAUAAUUUGGUCCCUAGAUUUCCUUCCGUAUUCUGCUAGUGCAUCUGCAGUCCUAUUAGCCUCCCGUGGAACAUGUUUUAGUGGCGGUGCUCCCAGUUGCUGGAGCAAAGACAUGCAAUCAGCGCAAAUGUGUGAGUAUUGUGGGCUAUCAUUAUUUAGAGAGUUCAGCAAUACCUGUGAGUCCGUUUCCACCAUAAUGUGCUUAAAUUUUUUCUCUUUUGCAAGAGUCAGACCAUGUAACAGGGCUAACAAUUCAGCAUGAUAAGCAUUUUCCACUUUGAUCUUACAAGCAAAACCCGCUAUCCAAUCUCCUAAGUGGUUUCUUAUUAUUCCUCCAGUGCCGCCAUUAGUUGUUUUAGGUUCAAAGGAUCCAUCCACAUUUAGUUUAAACUGGCCAUCAGGAGGUCUUUGCCAAGAAACAGGAAUCAUUUGUCUUGGGGGGGUAUGCGUGUGAGAGGUCGACAUAUGAAAAUAUUCUAGUGCUUCGAACGAAAUUGUUUGAGUAAUCCUUGUUGUGUCAUUUGGUUUGUGACCUUUGAAGGUGUUGUUGUUUCUUCUUUUCCAAAUAUUCCAAAGACUAAUUGGAGUUAGCGUGGAUGUAGGCACACUGGCAUUGUAACAAGUGGGAGAAUCAGACGAAGUAGCUGAAAGAUGUUACAUUGGAGGUCGUUAUUAUCUAAGGUAAUGUCGUGACUCCUCCAGAUGCUAAUAGCUACUGGGCAAUUUGCAAAGAUGUGGCUAGUAGUUUCUUCUAUAUUUGGACAAGUGGUGCAAUUUUUUUGACUAGAGAUGCCCCUAUUGUAGAGAGUAGAAAGUGUAGGAAGCUUAUUUCGGAGAAGUAACCACAUAAAGAACUUUAUUUUAUUAAGAGUCUUAAGUUUCCAAAUCCAAAGGGAUGUGUUUGUAGGAUUCAUUUUUUGUAGCUAGAAUCAUAUUGUAAGCACUACUCGUGGUAAAUUUUCCGUUGCUAUUCUGAUUCCAAUAAAUAACACCCUUUUUUGGUGA